CCUUCUUCCCGCAGCAUGCACCGCGGCAGCGACCGCUCCGGCGACCCCUCCGGCCCCGGGGCCGGCGGCCGCAGCGGCGGGGACGGCAGAUUCGCGCGCGGACCCUCGCGCUGGUCCGGCGGCGGCGGCGGCGGGGGCGGGGGUAGCCCGGCCCACCGCUCCUCCUCCCGCGACGGCGGCGGAGGCGGGAGGUUCCAUCCGUACCGUGCGCCGUCUGAGUACGCCGUAGGCGUUAGUGGAGCCGGAGGGUACAGAGGCGGCGGCGGCGGCGGCGGAGGCGACUUCGGUGAGGCGGAUGGUGGGCAGAGGAACCGCUACGGAGGCGGCGGAGGCGGAGGCCGUGGUGACUACUCAGAUCACGACAACAAAAGUGGCCAUGUUAAACUUUUUGUUGGAUCAGUUCCGAGAACAGCAAGUGAAGACGAUGUUCGACCUUUAUUUGAGAAUCAUGGAGAUGUUCUUGAAGUUGCUAUGAUCAGGGACAGGAAAACUGGCGAACAACAAGGCUGUUGCUUUGUUAAAUAUGCGACUUCCGAAGAGGCUGAGAGAGCCAUAAGAGCUCUUCAUAACCAGUGGACUAUACCUGGGGCGAUGGGCCCUGUUCAGGUUAGAUAUGCCGACGGUGAAAAGGAGCGUCAUGGGUCCAUUGAGCACAAAUUAUUUGUCGCAUCACUGAAUAAGCAGGCAACUGCAAAGGAGAUUGAAGAGAUUUUUGCUCCUUUUGGUCACGUGGAAGAUGUUUACAUUAUGAAAGAUGGCAUGAAGCAGAGUCGAGGUUGUGGCUUUGUCAAAUUCUCAUCAAAAGAACCUGCACUUGCGGCCAUGAAUUCUCUUAGUGGGACUUACAUAAUGAGGGGGUGUGAACAACCAUUAAUAGUUCGAUUUGCUGAUCCUAAGCGGCCUAGACCUGGAGAAUCAAGGGGUGGCCCUGCAUUUGGAGGUCCCGGUGUCAGUCCUCGAUCUGAUGCAGCACUUGUUAUCAGGCCGACUGCCAAUCUUGAUGAGCCUAGAGGUCGACAUAUGCCUCGUGACGCUUGGCGCCCUUCAAGCCCAAGCUCAGUGGCAUCUCAUCAGUUUAAUAACUAUGGGUCGGACAAUCCUAUGGGCAUAAUGGGUGGCACUGGUACAUCAGCGGCAGAUAAUGGUGCUUUUCGGCCUCAGAUGUUUCCUGGGAAUGGUCAGACAGCUGUGCCGACGUCAUCUCAUAUGGGCAUAAACACUUCUUCAUUACAAGGGCAUCAUCUAGGGGGGCAGCAGAUCCCGCCCUUGCAAAAGCCACCUGGACCACCACACAAUUUCUCUUUACAAUUGCAGAAUCAGCAGGGGCAGCAUUCCUUGGUGCCUGGUUUGUUUGGCCAGAAUGUACCAUCUAUGCAAUUACCUGGCCAGCUUCCCACAUCACAGCCAUUGACGCAGCAGAAUGCUUCUGCAGGCGCUCUACAAGCGCCUCCAGCCAUACAGUCCAAUCCCAUGCAGUCGGUUCCUGGACAACAGCAACUUCCGUCCAAUGUGGCACCACAAAUGAUGCAACAACCAAUCCAGCAGAUACCAUCACAAGCACCACAGUUGCUACUCCAACAGCAGGCAGCUAUGCAGUCCAGUUAUCAAUCUUCGCAGCAGGCGAUUUUUCAGCUUCAGCAACAGCUGCAGCUAAUGCAACAGCAGCAGCAACACCAGCAGCAACCUAACCUCAAUCAGCAGCAACCUAACCUCAAUCAGCAGCAACAUACACAGAUUUCUAAGCAACAGGGACAGCCAAAUCAAUCCAGUACCCCUGGUGCUCCAGCUGCCAUGAUGCCGUCAAACAUUAAUGCAAUUCCACAGCAGGUCAAUUCACCUGCAGUUUCUUUAACUUGCAAUUGGACGGAACAUACCUCCCCCGAAGGUUUUAAAUACUACUACAAUAGUAUUACUCGAGAGAGUAAGUGGGAGAAGCCUGAAGAGUAUGUACUGUACGAGCAACAGCAACAGCAGCAGCAUCAGAAACUUAUUUUACUUCAACAGCACCAACAAAAGCUUGUUGCGCAGCAACUUCAGUCACCUCCUCAGGCUCAAACAAUUCAAUCUAUGCAAUCUAUCCAACAACAUCCUCAGUCACAUCAAGGACAUAACCAGAUGCAGAUGAAACAUCAGGAAUUAAACUAUAAUCAGUUGCAGGCAACUGGCAAUAUUGAUCCCAAUAGGAUCCAGCAGGGAAUUCAAGCUGCUCAAGAGCGUUCAUGGAAAAGUUGAGACUGCUGGUGAAUACAUGUUGAGGUGUCAGUCAAAGCUCAGAAAUGAGCUCCAGCCAAGCCUGCCGAUUCCAUGCGUGGGAGUGAUGGCUCUUGCGGUCAUUGUAACUGGAUUUAGCUUAGAUCGCAGCCUAGAUCGUAGAUCCCAUCUGUGUAAAAUAUUUGCAGUCUAGGCCUUGUAUCACUGUAACAUUGCUGAUUAGAAUAUCAUUCCUGUAUCUGUUUCCUCGCUUUUCUUUA